AUGACGGUGGUCUACGUUUUGCGCCGUUCUCCUUUCCUCUCACGGUCACGGGUCGCCACGCCCCUCCUCUCCUCGUCCGUCUCGACUCCGGAGGCCGAAGCGCCGUCUCUAUCCACGCAGAUCCCCUCUCCCCCUCUCACGCCGUACGUGAGGGAUGCCGAUCUCGUCGACACGCAGCGAGAUCCCAGGUGGGCGGCCGUCAAGUGCGCACGCAAGGAGGCCUACGGCUGCGGGGAGUUCGGUCAGGAGCUGGUGGAUGGCCUGACGCUGUACGUGCGCCGCAACGAUGGCCCCAGCGACGAUCUCUUCUCCGCCCUCGCCGUCCGUGCCACCGACGAGAUGCUGCGGAAGGUCGCGGCGCCAACGAAGAUCCAGAAGAGCCUCAUCCGCCCGCUCUUCCGCUGUCAGGCAAGUAUGAAUGCCCGCGUCACCUUCGUCUGCGAGUUGCACGCCGCGGAGGAGAACCUCGUCGUCCUCUCCGCGUCCUUCGACCACGCCCACCACAUCUACUACCUCGUCUACGACGGCAUCGACGAGUCACUCACCAUGAUCCCGAGCCUGUCACCGCACCGCUUCGUGGCCUUCCACCCGCGGCCUGUCCUAAGGCGCCGCGCCACUGGGGGCUAUGACCUGGCCCUCAUAGCGAGGUACCUCAGCAGGAAGAGCAGAGAAGACGGGGACGUUCUCCUUCUGUUUACCAAGGAGAAGGAGAGUUCCUGCUGCUCCGAUCAGUGGAUGGAGAAGAAGAAGGGUAUGCGCCUCCCAACGGGGCCCCUGGGCUUCUUCUGCCCGGACAUGAUCUUCUCGUUCAAGGGCAACACUUUCUGGGUCGAUCUCUCACAGGGUUUCAUGUGCUGCGACACCAAUGUCCUCUUCUCUGGCGACACCGUGGAUUUCAGACACCUCAGCUUCCCCCACCAGUACCUGCUUCAUGACAUUAUCAAAUCCCAGGAGCUUGGCCCGAUGGAGAUGUACCGGACCAUGGGCGUCUCCGGGGGCUCCAUCAAGUUCGUCUCUAUCAACACUCCGGCUACUGAUGCCGCGGCAGGCAAACCGCCGGGCAGGCCCUGUCAUGACGCCACUGCAUUAGCCAACACAACAGUGGCCGUGUGGACACUGGACCAAGGUGGCCUGUGCUGGAAAAAGGAUGUGGAGUUCAGGCUGGGGAACAUAUGGUCGCAACGGGACUACAAGCAGUCUGGGUUGCCCAGGAUGGUACCCGUGUGGCCCUUCCUAAGGCCGCACGCACAUGGCACACUCUACUUCCUGGUGCCGAAACCGAUGACCGGACCUAGUGACCCCCAAAUGUAUCACAUUUGCGGGCUCGACAUGUGCACCAAGAAAAUCCAGUUGUCGCAGUACUCCGUCCGCUCCAAUAUCCUCCGGCCGGCUGCCUUCCCUACCAAUGCAUUCCAACACCUUGAUGAGUCCCCACUAGCUACAAAGAUUGCUUGAGUUAACUGGAGGCAGGGAAUGUUCAUCAAGGCAGUGCGGAGUUGGGAUUCUAUAUGCAAGGUUGCUUAUUACUUUCUAGGUAUCGUGUUUUGGGUCGAAGGCACUUCCCAACUCGUAAUUUAUCGUCACUCUAUAUAGCCUAGGACCCUAUUGAUGCACUUGCGAAACUGAUUAUGUGCUUCCUUAUUGAUUCUGUAUCCGUGCGACGAACUAAUCUAGCUACUUGUUAUAUUAUUAUCUAUCUA